UCAAGAGUGUCGCGUUCGAUGCUAUCCGUAAUUUGUGCGUGAAACGCGUCGAGAAACGUGAGAAUCUCCAUCCUCUUUCGCUCCCGUUGUUUGUUUCCGACGAAAUUCGUGCGCGUGCCGUGUCCGUACACCGCCUGCCGCGUUUCGUCACGCGUUCGAAACUCGUGAAAUUCGCGGUCAAACGAUCUCGCGUAAUAAUUUCCGCUAGUUCGCGUGCAAAACUUUCGAUUAUCGCUAGAAAUAUUCGUAACGUCUGUGUGUGAUAUGUGAGGUGUGUUCGAUCCACUUUAUUCCGCUGCUACAACUCACCCUUCCCGAGAGGAGAGAAAGAGGGAGUGACCCAGCAUCGCGAGUAAGAUGUUCCGUGGAGUAUGGCAGUGGUCGACUCUGCUGUUAACGCUGCUAGGUACACGGCUGUUGUUCGUGGUCGCCCAAUGUGGAUCGUUCACCCAGGAUAGACAGGAAAAAGAGGACAAACAGGAUAAGCUGGCGCUGUAUAAAGUCACUUUAAGGACUUACUGGUCGAGAGCGCGAUUUCCACGACAUUAUCCGGAAUGGAAGCCACCUGCACAAUUCGGCAAGCUGAUCGGUCGAACACACGACUCUACGUACACUCUGUACAGACUGGGCGAACGGCUAUCCACCGGGGUGAGAUUGUACGUAGAGACCGGAAGAACGGAUGGAUUGGACGCUGACGGAGACUCGCCCAACAGUCUUCACUCGUUCACUGGGCCCCCCGUGCCACAAGGGGAAGGAAGCAGCAUCGCCAGAGCGUUUCUCGACGGCAAUCACACUCUGAUAAGCAUCAUGGCUCGUAUCAAUCCUAGUCCUGACUGGUUCGUGGGCGUCGAUUCGUUUCAGUUGUGUGUCGAGGGCAACUGGGUCGACACGGUCACCGUCGAGCUGGAUCCGUUGGACGGUGGAACGGAUAACGGGUUCACAUUCACGGCUGCCAACUGGCCAACGCAACCCCAAGGAAUCGCCUACAGGAUCACCUCGCGAUACCCGGCACAUCCCGCGGGAAGCUUUUAUUACCCGAAUCUACCUCGCCUACCGCCGAUAGCGACCCUCACCUUCACCAAGCUGCGGGAAUACACGUUAACCGAAACGUAUCACGAAGACGACGUCGAGGUGGAGUUCGUCAGCAACGACAAUCUACUAGCGAACAGUCCGACCCCCAGAGGGAUUGAUCCGAACAGAGACCUGAACGAGGCUAUCGCCGAGGAACGGAAGGAAAUGGACACUCAGAGAUACAGGUACUGGACAACGACCGGAAGUGGCCAGGUGGUGACAGAUGUUCCGCGCGACAACAAGGCAGUGAUCAUGGACAGCAUCGCGUCCUCGUACGCCUUGCAGAGGCCAAGGUUCACCGGAACACCUCCGCCGAAAAUUGGAAAAACUAGCUGGCCUUAUUACCAGAAAUACAAGCAAACGGCGGAAGCGCAGAAAGCGCAAAUCUUCGAAGAUAUUCAAAGGAAAAUGGCUAACGCGACUAGUGGAAAUAGUCUGAAUCACGCGUGGAACUCUACCAACAGCACGGCCCAGCGUCAACACAGGCUCAGGAUGAAACACCACAGACUGACGUCCAAAGGGAAACGUAUGAGAACGCGUGCUCCUAGGGACUGUAAGGUCGGUGAAUGGGGUCCGUGGAGUGCCUGUAGUCGCAGUUGCGGCGUAGGAGAGACCCAGAGGACGCGGAAGAUAACGAUAAAGCCACGUCGUGGCGGAUCAUCGUGUCCGCCGUUGAAGGAGACCAAGUGGUGCGGUAGCGCGAGCCCCUGUUCCGACGGCAAAUCCAUCGUGGACAGCUAUCAAUGGUAGUCGUCGUCCUCGUCGUCGUCGUAGUUGUCGUUGGUGAAGCGGAAAUCUCGGACGAUUUACCUUAAGCGAUCGAGAGAAAGAGGAUUCGACUCGAGGGGAAUCUAGAGGAAAUCCCUAGGCGAACACGGUGGAUCGUCAUUAAUGGUCCGCCGAGAUCGCGUCAAUAAACGUUAUCGUAGUCGUAGCACCAAAGAUUUCGCAUGGAUGGAGACGUUCGAAUUCGUCGAACUAGUCGAUCGGCGAUUAUGGAGUGUUACUUUUCUUCGUUCUAAUCGAUGAGCUGUGGCGAGCGGCAGGACUUUUUCGGUUCGUUCGAACAAGUGCGUUAAUCCUUCGACGGCGAUGCCGUUUGAUAAGAAAAUCUUCGGCACUAAACUCGUUUACAAAAUCAAGAUAAUAAUUUUUCACGUUUCGAACAACAAAUCUAAACGCUAAAAGCUCAAAGGGUUAAAAAGACGUCGCUAAACUUUGGCCUACGCGUCGCGUUUCGUCUUAUCCGCUGCGUUCAUCCGUAGAACGAUCAAAGAACAGAUUUUUAAUAUAGCUAUUAUCUUUCGAAUCGAACGUUAAAAGCGGAGCUCGUUCGUCAUCCGCUGAUUCGCCGAAUCGGAAACGGGAUAAAGCUUGUCGCGAUUCGACGAGAAUUCGAACCGGUUUACGGAUUAUCCUACCCGGAUAAAACGAAUUCCCGUACGAGAUCCGCUAAAACUCGGAUACGAGCGUCCCAGUUCUCACCGAAGCGGGUAUACGGUCCAGCGAUUCGCUGCUAGCCAGAUACGAAAGAAAAAAAAAGCAAGAAACACGUGGCUGAAACGAUGGAGGUACAGAGUUUUCCGAAGGUUAGAAAAAUUGCCGGCAAUUCCCCGAGGUUGAGGCGUUGAACGCAAUUAACCCAUUGGUCUCGAGCGUGUACGUGCGGCCGUGUUCAUCGGCGUGUGACGGACAAGAACGAAGUCCGGUGGAUAAGAAAGUUCGCCGAAGAAACUCAACGAAUGGCUCGCGUGUCGAUCGACGGUCUUAGGAAGACUUAGUCGACGGUCUCUCUAUAUCCUCGACCGGAAACUGGCUUUGCAUUUCUUCGCCGUUUCUCGCAACUUGUACCCGCCAGUUGUCCCGAACUCGAAAACAUUUAUAUCGAUUCGGUGCACCUGUGAUCGGUUAAAUUUCGAUCCCCCAAUUUCGUUCUGUUCGUUCGACUUGGCCGAAUACAAUAAAAACUCAAAAUUUCAUUCCGAAGAAGUAUCUUUAUUUUAAAAAAUCGACUCUUCAUAUUCUUACUCGAGCCACGUUUACAACUUUCUCGUAAUAAACAAACAAGUAUCGAACUGCUUGGCUUUCCAUUAAUCGUCGGAUGGGCACGGUAUCAGAGAGAGGUAAAACGAUGAUAGAACGUACCAGUCGAAUUCAUGCGAAGAUCUACAAACCGAAAGAAAGGAAGAUCUUUUCCCGACGCCGAUGCUACGAUCGUCCGUUCUCGUGGCGUAAUAGGGAAAUUUUUACAAAAAAAAAAUGAAAAAAAAAAAUGAAAAAAGAUAUCAUCAGGUACAUACGUCUUAGGUGAGUGUAUUAUAUCUUAGGCGUAACCUUAACGAUAAUAAUUAACAACUAACGUUUAAUCGUAACUCGUUAACUAAUAGGCUCGUAUUGUGGCGCAACGGCUUGUCUUUUCCCGCGUUUGUAUCGUUAACGAUCAGUAGUUUUAUCGUAGUAAUUUAGCACUUCUCGAACGUUAAAUAGAGAAGGAAUCAAAAUCGAAGAGAGUACAAGAUAAUAUUUAACCGACGUUAAUUAAAGAAGAAAAACAAUGUCAAUUCGAAAUUUCUAAUUGGAUACGAGAGACAACAGAAGGAUCGAAGAUUGUUUUGAGAGACAAAGGCAAGCGACUCUCGUCGGGGUUCAUUUUUAACCACGAAGCAAAAAGUUUGGUUCCGGUGAAUCGUGAAAUUUCUCGCGGUAACAAUAACGCGAGGACGAAAGGUAUGGGCCUUUCUGCCGAGAAAAGGAAGGAACAAGCCGUCGCAGUUUUAGCAGCAUUAAGGAUGAACGUUUUAUAAACUAAACGCUCGAGGGGACGCUUUCGUAACGAAAGUUUCAACGACACGGUGAAAGAGAGAAAGAGAGAGAGAGAAAAGGAGUAGAGCUGUACUUUGCCUAAGAAAUAAAAGCGCGAGAUAACAAGGAGGAGACGUUACCAAAGAAACGCCCGUGUAAAUGUAUAUCUUAUCCUUUCUCCUCUGUUUCCGCUUCUACCUUCUUUACUCUUCCCUCGAAACUUCCUUCGAACCAUCCUUUCCAGCCUCGAAUCUCUCCCAUGCCCUCUCAUUGUCCUCCGGUGUCUAUCAUUUUUCUUCUCGACCCUGUUCAAUCCCUGUAUCGUGCGCGUACGACCAACGUUUCUUUCUCUCUUUCUCUAUUCUCCAUUUUGCGCGUGAGAGAAUUCACGAGGACAAUGACAAAUCAAUGGGAGAGAGGGAGGGAGAGAGAGAGAGAGAAAGAGACGAGCGACAAAAGUGAGGGAAGGAAGGAAAGGAGAAAGAAAGAAAGGAGGAUGAUUCUGUACAAGUCACUGUGCAUUCUAGCCUCUAAGGACCUAGCCGAUAGGAGUUUAGCCGUUAAGCAAGAACAUGUAGCAAUGUAUAACACGAUAAGUUUAUAUUACAUAAUAAAAUCUGUCGAUAAAGAUCCGUUCGAACAAUAUUUUUCACUUGUGACGUAUGAUGAUGAACGAUGUAUUCGUAUAAUUAAUAAAGUAGCUAUUAUUUCAGGAA